AAUAAUCCUCAUCUCAAUAUUCUUAAGAAUUAGUGCCAUGAAGAAUCUUGUAAAAGAAAAAUCGUAUGCAGCAUCAACAGAAGUGCUAAAGGUCCUCUUGAACUAUGAAGAGAUGCUGGAAGACAACUUGCAUGACUAUGUGAUGGAGCUUAAGACUAAACUUGACCUAACGCAACAAGCCGUGGAAAAUUUUCGUAAUGAAGCGAGCAGAAUGAGCGCAGAUUUUGAGACAUUUCGAAGCAAUCCGCUUAGCAGUUUCGCUCUCAUACGACAUCAGCAGAAGGAUUGGCAUAAAUGGGCUUUGUUUAUGAAGCAAAAGAUUGGAGAGGCACAUAUUGCUUAUGCGCAGCACCUGCGCUCGAAAUUGCCCACAGCUGUCGAUCUGCAGGAUGCGAAUCGCAAUAUCGAGCUGCUGAUAAAGUAUUAUCAACUGAGCCCCAAAGAGCUGGCAGAAGGUACUCUCUUACAAUAUUCACAGCCAGACUCUGCUCUCUCCUCUUUGGAUUGUUAUGCACUGGGAAUGUUUAACUAUGUUCAAAAGGAGUAUUUAAAGUCUGAAGUGUGGUUCAAUAUCUCGCUAUCGCUAUACGAUACAAGUCAAAAGGAUAAAUACAAUGUUUAUAAUUUCAGUGAAAAGAACCUACACAAGUGGCUAGGUGUACUUCUUGUAAGGCGCAGGGAGCACACGCUUGGAAUGUGGCACUUAAAUCAGGCACUGGAUAUAAUAGACUACGAUGAUGAGAUGGUAUCAAUGGCAAUCAUUAGGGAACACUGCUCGGCUGGCUUCCGACGACCCACACACCUGCAUUGUCGCUAUAACAAUUUUAUGACGCCCUUUCUACGCAUUGCACCACUCAAAAUGGAGGAGCUCAGCCUGGAUCCACUCAUUUUGCUUUAUCACAAGGCGAUCUACAACAGCGAAAUUGAAUCUUUGCUAAACAGAAGCUUAAAUUUAAACCCACCAUUGGCACAUGAGGAGCAACUAUCCCCACUGCGUGACUUAGAUCAGACUAUAAAAGAGAGAGUGGUAGAUAUGUCUGGCCUUAACAUGGAUCACUCUGAAGUGUUCCACUUAAACAACGACGACAUUGGCGUAGGUUUUCAUCUAGAAGAGGAUGAGUUGCUUGAAACGGCAGAUCGACCUAGGAAUCGCAUAGCUGGUGUAUUAUUUUAUGUAAGAAUCUUUAGCUUCUGAAAUAAGCAUGAUGAAUAUGUCCUUUCUCUGAUAGUUGGAAGCUGUUGAACUGGUCGGUGCUACAAUAUUUCCUAAGCUGAAUCUAACCAUCAGGCCCGAGAAAGGAACUGCACUGCUGUGGCACAAUUUACAAAGCUGUGGUGCAAGGCAU